AAUAAAAGCCACAAUUUUCCUUCUUCAAGAAACCAAAAGCAGAGAGAGAUUCAGAUAUCCUCCCUUCCGUGAAGAAUCUAGUUUCUCCCUCUCUUUCUCCCAUCUCAGCCCACGAAUAUUUUCUCAACGAUUAUUUCAACACCAGGUUCUUCAUAGCCUAUCCUUCUUAAUUCAUGUAUAUAUAACAUAUACAUACAGUUUCAAUUUUACGCAGCUUUCUCAAUGUAUAAGCUAUAAUUUGUGUUUUAUUUGGACUUUGUUUUCUGUAUAUAUUGUUUUUACGUCUGGGAUUGUGAUUUUUAAGGUUUUCUAGCCGUUUAGAUUACUUAUUUCGGGUUAUAAAUUUCUGGGGUUGAUGGGUUAUGCUUUAUUUGGCUUGAGAGGAAUAAUUAUGGUGGUUUCUUUGUAAUCGACCUGGGGUUUUUGGUUUUAAAAGUCUGUUAUAUUCUUUCCUUUUAGCGGUUGUUAGAAUAUUCCAGGAAAUAUAAAUAUCUCCGUUGGUAUUUUUAAUUGUGUAUUGAAAUUAGGGAAAGUUGGGUAGAAUUGUGUUCAAGCAUUAAAGAAGUGAAUAGGUCUGUGGAAUUUGGUUUAUUGAGCUAGAUUUGUGUUGGGGUUGAGCUGUAUUUUCUGGAAAAACAUGGCGGACUCGGUUGCAGCAACAUCUCUCAUUGGGUAUAGACCCCUCUGCAGGGGAUUUUCUGUCAAGAAUCCUUCCUACAGAAGGAAAUCUUUGAAUUUGAGUAACUGUCACUUCUUAGGAUCGAAAUUUAUGGGCAGAAGGAUCUUUUGUUUUUAUCCGAGGUUGAAAGAUGAUAGGCGUGUGAAUACAUCCGUUAAAGCCCUUGCAAUGGAAUUAACAAAAGAGGCAUAUUCAUAUAAAGAGGAAGAGAGAAUACCUCGCCCUUGGAGUUACCGACCUGAUACUGGUGUUGAUCGAAAACCAGGUUUGUGGCCACCAGAAAAUAGAGCAGAUAACCCGUCAUUGCAUAACCCUUUGCUUCGACAGGAAAGGAUGGGUUGUGGCUGGUUGGGUGCCAUAUUUGAAUGGGAGGGUGUAAUAAUUGAGGAUAAUCCUGAUCUUGAGAAGCAAGCCUGGCUUGCUCUUUCUCAGGAAGAAGGAAAACCCCCUCCUCCAGCUUUCAUUUUAAGACGAAUGGAAGGGAUGAAGAAUGAACAAGCGAUUUCUGAAGUUCUUUGUUGGUCAAGAGACCCAGCUGAACUGAGAAGAAUGGCCACUAGGAAGGAAGAUAUUUAUCAAGCUUUGCAAGGUGGUAUAUAUAGAUUACGGUCUGGCUCGAAGGAGUUUGUGAAUAUUUUGAUGCAUUACAAGAUACCAAUGGCCUUGAUAUCCACACGUCCAAGGAAGAUUCUUGAGUCUGCAAUUGGAAGCAUCGGGAUUGAUGGGUACUUUACUGCCAUUGUAGCAGCAGAAGAUGUUCACAGGGGGAAGCCUGACCCAGAGAUGUUUGUUUAUGCAGCACAGCUUCUAAAAUUUAUUCCAGAACGGUGUAUUGUGUUUGGGAACUCCAAUCCAACUGUGGAGGCUGCACAUGAUGUUCGGAUGAAGUGUGUUGCUGUUGCUAGCAAGCAUCCAAUGUAUGAGCUCAGCGCCGCAGACUUGGUGGUGAAGCAUUUAGAUGAGCUUUCAAUUGUUGAUCUGAAGAAUCUUGCUGAUAUUGAAUCACCAGAAUUUGGUUCCUUGGAACCAGAGAUGGAGCUGGAGGAGGAAGAAGAGGAUCGAUCUACUGCAGUGGGAGUUGAUGAUAUUUUCUGGUGACUCCUCUGAAUUGUACAGUUAGCUUUGCAUCUUUAUCAAUUUCUUGUGGACAUUAGUCCUAUAUGUCUAUUGUAACAUCAUUGGAAACCAUUAGCCCCUGUGUCUUGGGGGAAAACAAGGUUAGGAAAACGAAAACAAAGAAAGGAAAGUAGUCUGCAUUGGACUACCUCAAUGUUAUCAUGUAUGUAUUAUCUGUACCAUAUAUAUAUAGUUGUACUUUGAGAAUUUAA